AUGUCGGAAGUUAGUAAAUGGGGAGAAUUGAAGCCUUCAUUUAAGAAAGGUAUUCAAAGCUCGUCUCUUACAACUAGACUUUAUACUUUAGAAUCUGUUAAAUUAAGUAUAGAUGAGAUUGAUGAUUCUGAUAUAAACUCGAUAGUUCAAACGUUAUUAAGCACAUACAACUACUAUCAAGAUGCGGAUUCAAGAAAUAAGGUGGUUGAAGCUUUGAAAGUGGUUGGAAAGCGAGAUCUGGGGAGAUGCUUACAAUAUUAUGUUGAGUUUAUCAAUAAAGAAAUAUCGGGUCAUCUGUUGGCGAAACGAGAUUAUUUGACGUUAUUAGAUUGGAUUAAUGCCUUUGUUGUUGAGUUAGCCGAGGCUAAAGGACUUUCAGACUUGUGUGUAUCUGUUCAGAGUAAAUUGUUUACAAAAUGCAUCGACAACAACAACAACGACAAUUUUUGUAGAGCACAGCAAAGGAUUGUCAAGUCGGCCAUAUUCACUACAAAGACGUCGAUAGUAAAGACAUUGGAAAAGGAUGCGACAUAUCUCGACUUGGUAAUAGAGAAUAAUCAGUCUUUUGCAUUAUUGGGAUUGUUGUGUAUGGCAGCAACAGAACUCAUACCGACAAAACCUUCUAUAAUAGAGAAAUUCAAAGCUUGCACGAACCAAAUCUUGAAUAUAUACAUUAACCAAGUGUUAUUGGGGAAAAAACCACCUCCAGCAAAAGUGUUGCAAACUUUUGGUACGUGUAUUGAAACCUUGGUUAAUGAGGAAAACUUUAGUCAAUUGGUGCAACCGGCUAUUGAGAAGUCAGUUUUAAGGUCUUCUGAAAAUGCAUUUGGAGAUGUUUUACCAUUAUUUUUUCAAUACUUGUCUAGAAAAAUUGAUAUUUCAAGUAAACUUCUCCUGGCUAUUUUUACGGGGAUCAAGUCGCAAAAGGAACAUGUCAGAGUUGGUGCUUACAAAACGCUUGAGUGGGUGUUAAAAAAAACCGAUAAAGACUUGUGUGAUGAGAUAUUGAAAGCAGUUAAAACUACUUCGAAUGCGGAAUCCAAAUCGUUGCUAUUCAAGUCUUUGUUGUGCGCGCAAAACUCCAACAAAGUUGUAAAUGCGAUACUGCCCUUGGUGAGUAAAGAACAGAACGAAUUGUCGUUGAGCAGUUUGGUCAAUGUACUCACUUUCCAUGCAUUCAAAUCAAAUUUCUCAGAUGAAUGCAUUUUUCCGGUAUUUAUUACUGGCUUCAAAUCGAAAUUUCGUUGCGUGUGGUUUGUUGAGUUUGCAAAUCAUGCUUAUGGUAAGCCAUUCAUUGCUCAAUUUGAGCAGGUGUUUAAUGAAACUUUGACUUCCAUUGAACAAUCGCCCAAUUCUUCAAUCAAAGUAAUUGCAUGUGCCUUUGUGGUUUCAGCUCUUUCUCAUAAAAGGUCAUGUUUGCUCAAUGAUACCAGACUUUUUGAGAAAUUGAAUGCAGUUGAUUUGUUAUGGUUUACCAGGGCCUUGUACGACGAAACUAAUGGUUGGUUGUACGCAUUAUCGGGUUCGAAAGUACCCUACUCUGUAAGGAGAUUGGCUUUGGAGAGGUUCAAAGUAGAAGCUGAAGUUAAUUUGGCACUUGGUGAGGCCAUAAUUGAUGCUUGUGCAGACUACCUACCCAAAGAGACCUAUAAUCUUAGGUUAUUAGGACCGGUUUUUACCAUAUUGACCCAGUUGAAGGAGAUUGAUCAAGCAACAAGUAAUAUGGUUAAGUUGAUCAUCCUUGCUAGUGAUCCAAAAAUUGGCGUUAAUGGUGGUUGGAUUGGUCUUGUUCAAAGAAGUGGUCACAAAGUUGACAUUGCGAAUUUGGUAAAACACAAUUUCCAACAAAUGUUCGACCUAUGCUGUAGAAACAACCGCCAUCAAUCACUUGCAUCAAUCAAAGCUUUAGCGACGCUAGCUUUUGUCCAACCCAAAUUGAUAAAGCCAAUUGUCGAAUUAAUUGAAAAAGAUUUGACCGUGGAACCUAUUGAUGAAACCUCACAAUUAAUCUACCAUGGUACCGAGGGUGAAAUGGUGAUCGAUAUUCUUGAUAAAAAGCCAAAGGCAUUAGACAAAAACUCGAGAGAUUACGAAAUUAAGGCUUGGGAAGAGGAAAUUGGCAGAGAAUUGAAACAAGCAAAGAAGUUGACUCCCGAGGAGAAAAAAUUAGUUUCUGAACAAGUAGCAAAAGAAUCAAAGAUAAGGCUUGAAAUUCAACAAACUAUUAAUAAAGUCGAGUAUGGUAUUAAUUUGAUUGAAGAGUUAGCUAGGCAAGCCAAAUUGGUUGAUAAUGGUGCUGAAUACUGGUUCCCAACUAGCGUAAAAAAGUUACUCGAGCUUGCUACAACCAAGCCCAAUGAUUUAUUCGGUACAAGCGCUACUACCGCAUUUUUAAAUUUGUCAGAUUUAACCAGUUCCAGAUUUGAAAGUAUGAAAAAAUUUGUUGGCGUGGCUAUCUUACGUCUUAAUGAUGUUCAACUAAAUGACGAGUUGCAGCAAGAGUCCUUGGUGUCGUUAUGCGGCAGAAUCUUGUAUCGUAUAAAGUUUCUUAGCGAUCAAAGCCCAUUAGAUUCCAUAUCAUUGAUCUAUGUUUUGCCGUUAUUGACAAAGAUCCUUCAACGUGGUCAAGUUGCCGCUUUUAGAAAUUCUAAAAAAUUAGCUGUUACAUCAGAGUUUGUGGAAAUUGAUACCGAGGAAGAGCAAUUACUCUUGUGUCUUGAGAUAAUCUCUGCACACGCAGAAUUGUUUGCCGAUGGUGAAAUCCCUCGUGAAAGCAUCUUGAAAAUUUUGAUAUCACUUUUGGCUCUACCAUCUAAAGCCAAAAUAGCCAAGGAGUGCUUUUUAUCAUUAUGUCCUUAUAUUGCAUUGAACAUUUCUAAACAAGAUUUGCAGUUGUUGUUGCAAAAUGUUGUUUGUCCUCAUGUUUUUGUGAGGUCAACAAUCUUGGAAGGAUUGGAUUCAGAAUUUGAGUUGAGCUCAUAUUCGAAGGAGAUAUUUGUUGCUACAUUUGAUACCGACCAUAAUUGUCAAGAGCUUGCACAAACGAUAUGGGAAGAUAACUUCUUAUCAGUUGAAGAUACAACAAAUUUGUUGACGUUGUUUGGAUUACCGGAUUCAGGGUUACGAUUGUCUGUUGCUCAGGCUUAUACUGAAGCAGUUAAGCAAACGAAUAAAUUUUGCAUAGAAGAAUUGUUUGAUUUUUAUGUUGAAAAGAAGAAUCCACCACCUCCACGCAAAGACGCGUUUGGUCUUGUUAUAAAAUCGACAAUCGAUCAGAGAGAUCGUUGGGAAGAAAGAUCUACGAUUGCACUUGCUUUGAAGUUUCUCGUACCAUUGCUAAACAAGGAAAACGUGGAAAAAUUGAUUAGAUUCUUGUUGAAUGAAGCUUUAGGAGAUAAGGACGAAAAUGUCCGCCAGCAAUACCAAGACGCAGGUAUCGAGGCUAUUAAAGUACACGGUGCUGAGAAUAUUGAAACUUUUAUUGGUAUAUUUGAGGAAAACUUGAGUUCAAAUAAUAUCAAGGAGCCUGUUGUUAUACUAUAUGGGUCAUUAGCGAGCCAUUUAGAUGCAUCGGACCCACGGUUGAAAGUUAUAUUUGAGAGAUUGAUGAAGUCAUUGGACACGCCGAAUGUACAAUUUGCAGUUUCCGAAUGUAUUGCACCUUUAGUUUAUGCAUUCCAAGGUGAACUUGCCACAUAUUUCGACACCUUAUUCGAAAAAUUGUUUACCGCCAAAACGCUUGCUAAACGUCGUGGGGCUGCCUAUGGAAUUGCCGGUUUAGUUAAGGGAAUUGGUGUCAAAGCUCUUGUUGAUUAUGACGUGGUACGUAAUUUGACAGAUGCAUCUGAUGAUAAGAAAGAUCCCAUCAAAAGACAAAGUGUCUCCUUGGCUUUUGAAGCUUUAUCAAAAAGUUUGGGAAGAUAUUUUGAACCAUUUGUAUUUGAGAUAUUACCGAUUAUUUUGAGAUGCCUUGGAGAUGUACAAAAUGAAGUGAGAAUAGCAACAGAUGAUGCGGCUAAGGAAAUUAUGAAAAAUACCACAUCUUUUGGUGUUAAGAAACUUAUACCAUUAGCCAUUUCCAAUUUUGAUGAAACCGCUUGGAGAUCAAAGAAAGGUUCUGUUGAAUUAUUGGGUGCCAUGGCGUACUUGGAUCCAGAACAAUUAUCAGCCUCGUUAUCCAUCAUCAUUCCUGAAAUUGUUGGUGUUUUAAAUGACACCCAUAAGGAAGUUAGAAAAACUGCUGAGCAAUCGUUAAAAAGAUUUGGAGAAGUUAUUAGAAAUCCCGAGAUUCAACAAAUUGUGCCAUAUUUGAUAAACGCAAUUGGGGAUCCUACUAAGCAUUUGGAUGAAGCUUUGGAUAGGUUAACAAGGACGCAAUUUGUGCAUUAUAUUGAUAGCUCCUCCUUGGCGCUCAUCAUUCACGUUGUUCACAGAGCAAUGAAGGAUAGAUCCGCAUCUACAAAAAAGAAAGCUUGUCAAAUAGUUGGUAACAUGUCUAUCUUGGUUGAUUCGAAAGAUUUACAACCUUACUUGGGUGACUUGGUAGAGGAAUUGGAAAAUGCUAUGGUUGAUCCAGUUCCUGCAACAAGGUCAACAGCUGCAAGAGCAUUGGGAUCAUUAGUUGAAAAACUAGGCGAAGAUCAGUUCCCAGAAUUGAUUCCUAAAUUGAUGAAUACAUUGCAAGACGAGUCAAGGUCAGGAGACCGUCUUGGAUCUGCACAAGCAUUAUCGGAGGUUAUUUGUGGUCUUGGUGUCAACAAGUUAGAGGAACUUUUACCAUCCAUUAUUAGUUCAGCUAGCUCGCCUCGUGCAGCUGUUAGAGCUGGAUUUAUGCCUCUUUUAUUGUUCUUACCAGUAUGUUUUGGGUCACAAUUUUCACCAUAUUUGAGUAAAAUCAUUCCGCCAAUUUUGAAUGGAUUGGCUGACCAAGACGAAGAAAUUAGAGAAACGGCAUUGAAAGCAGGUAGAUUAAUUGUCAAGAAUUACGCAAAGAAAGCUGUUGAUUUGUUAUUACCGGAAUUGGAAGCUGGUUUGUCCAAUAUCUCAUAUCGUAUUCGUCUUUCUUCAUUGGAGCUUACUGGAGACUUACUCUUCCAAAUCACGGGAAUUUCGGGUAAGAAUGAACUUAGCGAGGAUCAAAUGGUUAGUAAGACUUUAGCCGAUAUGUUGGGUCAAGAGCGUCGUGAUCGUAUUUUGGCUGCAUUAUUUGUUUGCCGCUCUGAUGUUGCAGCAAUUGUUCGCAAUGCAAGUGCAGAUAUUUGGAAAGCUCUUGUCUCAAAUACUCCACGUACUGUUAAGGAAAUCUUGCCUUCUUUGACUAAUAUCGUUAUUAGCAAAUUGGCUUCUGAUGAUGAGACACAAAGAACUAUUGCAGCUCAGACUUUGGGUGAUAUGGUUCGUCGUGUUGGUGCCAAUGCAUUACCGCAGUUAUUACCAACAUUGCAAAACGCUAAGGAUCAAGAAGGUGCAUGCAUUGCAUUGACUGAGUUGAUCAAAUCCACAUCUUUGGAAGGGCUCACAAAUUAUCAAGACACGUUCCUUAGUAUUAUACAUGAUGGAUUGAUUGCUCACGAUAAACCUACAAAUAACGCAGCUGCUCAAGCUUUUGAAGAGUUGCAUAAUAAAAUGGGUAACCUUGUAAUUCAUGAAAUUAUUCCCCAGUUGUUGACAGAGUUGAAUGCAACAACAGUUGUGGCAUUAAAGGAAUUGAUGGCAACGAAAUCAGACAUUAUCUUCCCUAUUACGUUACCAGCAUUGCUUAAAGAUCCAGUUAAUUAUAGUGCUUUAGCUUCAUUGUCAUCGGUGGCUGGUUCUGCUUUGUAUAAGAAGCUUUCUCUUAUCAUUAAUACAAUGAUUGAUGGAAUCAUGUUGGGAGAGGAAGACCUUACAAAAGAAUUUAACCAGGUGCUAUUAUCAGUAGAAGAUGACGGAGCACACAUGUUGAUGCAACAGAUUAUAUCAUUGAUGAAGAAUGAAGAUCCAAAGAGGAGGGAAGUGAUAUUUACACAGUUGAGUAGCUACUUUGAAGAAGCUACCUUGGACUACUCGAUGUAUCUUGAGGAUAUUUUUUACCAAAUGAUUUUGUCAUUAAGUGAUCCUUCUCCAAUAGUGGUCAAGGGAAGUAUGGAAGCAUUAACCACUUUGGUAAAGAAGCAGCCAAAGGAAGUAUUGGAGAAAUUAGUCAAACCUUGUAGUCAAGCUCUUAAAUUAACUGGAUUUGAAGUUCCUGCUUUUGCUAUGCCUAAAGGACCAAACAGUAUUUUACCAAUAUUUAUUCAUGGUUUGAUGUAUGGUAGUUCAGAACAAAAGGAGUUGUCGGCUUUGGCCAUUGCUGACAUUAUAGAAAAGACACCGGCCGAGAAUUUGAAAUCGUUGGCAACAGUAAUCAGUGGUCCAAUGAUAAGGGUUAUUGGAGAAAAGGUUGCUACAAAUAUCAAGUCUGCCAUAUUAGUUGCAUUGAACAACCUAUUGAUCAAGAUUCCACAAUUUUUGAGAGCGUUUAUUCCUCAGUUGCAAAGAACUUUUGUACGUUGUUUAAGUGAUGCUUCUAAUGACACCUUGAGAAAAAGGGCAGUUGUUGCAUUAGCCACCUUGAUCAAACAUCAACCAAGAGUUGAUUCUUUAAUCACUGAGUUGGUAGCAAGUGCUAAAUCAACUGAAGAUGCUGGAGUCAAAGCGUCUAUGUUGCAAGGUAUGUUGGCAGUUGUAGAGACAAAAGGCGAGCUUUUAAACGAAACCUCAAAGACGAGUCUUUUAUCGCUUGUUGAAGAUGAAAGUAUUGAUUCUGUUUCCUCGGCUAAACUUUUGGGAUCGUUGGCAAAUGUGUUGACUAAAGAUGAAAGUCAAGUAUUGUUGCAAAAGAGGAUUUUGAAUAACCAAUCAAAGUUUUCCAUCUUGGCGGUUAAUUCAUUUUUGAAGUAUGCACCUGACUUAAUCAAGGAUAAUUUGAGUGUUGUUGAGUUUGUAAUUAAUUGUUCGAAUUCCACUGAUGCAUACAUUAGUGACAAUGCCACAAUUGCUAUUGGUAAAAUAUUAUUGAGUAAUGAUACUGGUAUUGGUUGUGAUAGUGGUGAUGGGUUUGCGUUACAAGAGAAGAUAUUUAAGCAAUUGGCUAGUUUGAUUAUCCAACCAAACUCUUCUUCGCCAGACACCAAGAGGCUAGCAUUAAUUAUUGUGAGGGGUGUUGCACAUAAGAACAAAAUUCCUGAAGAAUUUUUGGAUUUGCUUGUUCCUAGUGUUUUCCAAUCAGUUCGUGACCCAAUAAUACCAAUCAAGUUGGCUGCUGAAAAGGCGUACCUUGAUCUUUUCCAUAUUGUUGAUAAAGGGCUUGAAGGUUUUAAUAAAUGGUUUACAGGAAAAGAGGAGAUUGUUACAGUUAUGGGAAAUACUAUUGUACCUCGAUCGAUUGGCGAUUAUACUAGACGAGUUGCGGUGAGAUUGGCAAAUGUGGAAAGAGAAAGAAUUGAACAAGGAGGAGAUGAAGAGACGCUAUUUAGUGAUAGAAUUGAAGAUGAAAAUGAGAUUUGGUCAAUAGGAAUAUAG